GUCAAACUACAGUGGCGAAUACAUUCACUAAUAAUAUUUAUAUUCUUGACAUACGAAAUUACACUUGGAUUACUUCAGUAAAUUUAAAUGUACCUCCAACAACUACCUCAGCUAUACCAACACCUACUGCAAAUCAGCCAACAAUUAUUCAACAAAGUAAUAAUAAUUUAUAUAUUGGAAUUGGUAUUGGUGUGUGUGGAAUUAUUUUAAUUGGAAUAUUGUUUACUGCUGGAUUUUUGAUUUAUAAAAAACUAUAUAAAAAACCUAUUGAAACAUCUGGAUCUAUUAUAAAUGAAAGUAUACGUGAAUCACACUCUUCUGUAGUUUAUGUAUAA